GCCCGGAUAACUCCCCCGCCCACGCGCCAGAGAGGCAAGGAAGCCGAGCUCGACCCGGCGGCGACCAGCUCUCCACGGAGCAUGUCGGAAUCCAGAGCCCAGAGCGCGGCGGCGGACAAGGAGUCCUCCAACCUGGUGGCCCAGCUGUUUGGGGGGCUACGGUGGGGUCGCCUGGAGGAGCCCCUGGGAUUCAUUAAGGUGCUGGAGUGGCUCUUUGCCAUUUUUGCCUUUGGAGCCUGUGGUUCUUUCAGUGCAGAAACAGGGGCUACUGUGAAAUGCACCAAGCCUCCCAAGGAGACAACUGCUAUUACUGUGCAGUUUGGAUAUCCUUUCAGGUUGUAUAAAAUCCCAUUUGAUAUGCCAGAUUGUAUCGAAGGAUCAACUUCUAAAAGAAUGCUGCAUCUCAUGGGAGACUUUUCUGCACCAGCUGAAUUCUUCGUGACCUUGGGGGUUUUUACUUUUCUAUAUACUAUGGCAGCUCUUGCAGUAUAUCUACGAUUUCACUCCCUCUAUAAGGAAAAUAAGAAGCUACCUUUUGCGGACUUCUGUGUGUCUGUCUCAUUUACCUUCUUUUGGCUGGUGGCAUUUUCAGCUUGGGGCAAAGGUCUAUCAGAUGUGAAAGGAGCUACACGGCCUUCCAGCCUUAUUGCAGCCAUGUCAGUAUGUCAAUUCAAAAAUGCAGUGUGCAAUGCUGGGGCCACUCCUUCUAUGGGUUUGGCCAACAUCUCUGUGCUGUUUGGUUUUGUCAACUUUAUACUCUGGGCUGGAAAUUGCUGGUUUGUUUUUAAAGAAACCCCUUGGCAUGCACAGACCAGCAACAAGGAAAGUUCUGCUGAACAAGGGGCUGUUGAUAAGCAAUAAGGAAACCCCACCCCCCCACUGAAGCCUUCUUCUCCUCACCUUCCCCAAAUCAAGAACAUGCAGUCCCUUUGCUCGUCCCAUGCAGGAAAUAUGUCUUCUCUGCCAUUUUUGUUACGGUUUAGCAGUCAUAUUGGCUUCCCUUUGUGACUGAAAUGGGAGGCCUUUCUCCAGCUGCAAUCAUUGGUCUUCUUGUGGUUGUAGAUACACAGACUGUCCAUAGUUACAACAAAGCUCUUCUUUAUUUGGAUAUUUUAUAAGCAUAUGCUACUGUACAUUUUCACAUUAGUCACCUAUCUCAGGAUGUAUGGCAAUAUGUCUUUACCAAUGA